GCUAGGUUAGUGAAUUUCGGUGUCGGCUGCCCCGUUUCAGUCGAUAAUAUGUUAUGAGCACGGGACUGGUUAUGUAACACACAUUGAAAAUCAUGCUGUAGUUACUUGUACAUAAAUUAACUAAAUUCUAAAUGACCGCGGAAUAGUUAUGUGAUUUUUUUGUGAUAAGGAAGAGUUGUUUUUACACGCGGGUUCACACACAAGAAUCGGUGCCGGUUAUCGGGGUAAAAGAAACGUUAAAUAAAUAAAAAAAAUUGGAUGCUUGAAACUGCCGAAAAGGAAGUAAAUAGCUGUGAAAUUAAACCCGCAAACAGUUCUAUUAUCGACUCAUUAAAAAAUAGCGAGGGACCUUGGUGUAUUAAAAUUCAUAAAUUAAAUAAAACGAGAGCACGCUUUUGCCGGUAUUUAAAUAAAUAGUGUUAAGGCAUGACGCGCUUCUAGCUGCUAAUGCAAAUCCAAAGAUUCCGGAAAAUUGGAGUGUGAAAAAAUGGGAAAAAAGGCGAGGAAAACUAGGUGGCGCACUUUAACUAUUGACGAUAAUGAAUACAGCGACAGCGAAGAAUCCAGCACCACUACCACACAGAGAUUACCCAAGGGUUACCAACCUAAAUCGUAUUACAACAAAUUCUCUUAUUCUAGUCAGUCAACGCCGAGAAGAAGGUACCAGCACGACAGUACCAAGUCCACGAGGAGCAGUAGCACUGCCAGCGAAAACAAAAUUACGUUUAACGAAGAUGAAUAUACGAAAAUCACGACUCCUAGGCAAGACGUUCUAUUUAAGAAGGGUUACCUGAACAAACCGAAAAACUACCAGACCCAAACGUCCACAGGCACCUCUACCACUUCAACGGGAAAUUCAACGGGAAACGGAACACCUGACCACCAGUCGACAGAUUUAGAAUACGAAUCGCAGUUUGUCUUCCCCAAUGGCUUUGUCGACCAGAACGGCAUCUAUUACAUAAACAGUUACGAAACCUACCCCUUGAUGCUGUACAACCCUCCGACGUACUACCCCGAAUUUUCCAAUUUUAAAUCGAAAAGAUACAGCACAGGCUCGUUGACGGAAUCAACGAGUCCAAACAACGAAGAAGCUACUAGUCAGGACUUCAGCGGGGGCGAGGCUUCAAAUAACGUUUCGGACUACAGCGGCCAUCAUCAGGUGUACAACAUGGUUUAUCCCGGGUAUUACGUCAACGGAGUUUGCCCGCCGAACGAUGCGGUAGAUGGGCAGAAUCAGACCGAUCAGACUCGGAGAAUUAAAAAGCGCAGGCGCAGAAAAACCUCAAAGUCCCAGACGGCCCAUGAUAGUUCCGAAUACACAGAAGAUGAAAAUGACUCCUGUAAUGAAGAAAGUCAGUCAAAUGUCCAGGUGACGGAAGCUGUCUGUGAAACUGAUAAAAAGACAGAGCAGAACGAAGAAACACCUGUGGAAAACGUAGAAAAACCCAUUGAAGAGGUAGAAAAAGAAAUGGAAGGAACAAAGAAUGUGGAAACGAAAGAUAUCGAAGAUAAUCCUGAAGUUAAAGAUGAGAGUAAGUUAGAAGUGGAGUCAGACAAGGUGGAAUCGAAGGAGGAGGAUGUGGAAAUUUCAAAAGAAAGCCCUAACUGCACCCCACCAACCGAACCAGAAGUCCAGGAAGCAACCGAAAAGCCAGCAAACGAAGAAAUCAGUACCGAAGUUCACCAAAGUCCAUUAGAAACUAAACAAGAUUCCACAAUCGAACAUCCACAGGAUCCUCCUCCAGAACCAAUUCCGCAAAAGUCUGAGCUGAAACCUGAUGCCGAAGAAUUUAUUCCCAGAGCAUACAGGAAUAAUGAAAUUCCAAUAAAUCCAAAUUUGCAAUUCAUAAAAGUACCUCCCAACUUCAUUCCCAUACCCAUAGUACCACUAGGAGAUUUCAAUGGACAAAACUACAACCCAACGUUUAUUCCUUCGGGUAUACCAAUUAACUUCCUACCUCCAGACCCGAAACUGUAUCCCAACUUUGUUGGCUUUGUCCCAAAUGCUCACUUUGUACCCAGAGCUGAGCCUGGAACUGAAGAAAAUUGUACGAAUGGUGAAGAAUCCGUCACCAGCAACACUGAAGAUGUUGCAGCUUGUGAUAAUUCUAGCACUGCCAAUAAUGAAAAGGAACACCAUGUUGAAAAAGUUGCAGAGAAGACUUCAGUACAAAAUGUAAAUAACAAAACUAUUGAUAUUGCAACUAUCGUCUCCAAACUUGAGGAGGCUGCCAAAGAACAAGACAGCAAAGAAGCACAGAAGUUGAAUCAGGAAGGUGAAGCAAGUCAGAGCAGCCCAAGAAGGAGAUUUGACAACAAAAACAACAAAAUGAACCAAAAGUACAAAAACAUUCCUAAUUACAGACGAAAUAAUUAUAACAGUGCACAAAAUUCACCUCAAAGGAAUAUUCAUUCGUUUAAAGCAAACAAUGAAGAAUAUAAAGAAAUUAAACCUAAAGAAAUAAACGGAUUUAUUUCAGAACAAAAUCUGGAUAAAGAUCCUAACCUGUGUAACGGUACUCCAGCAAUGGAGAGCAGACCCAAUGUUCAAGAGCUGUCGUACAUUAAAAGAAAUUCCGAAAAUAGAAGAAAUUGGAAAUUCCAUGCUCCUCAAACAGGAAGUCCGAAAUGGCAGCCCAACAGUCCUGUCAGAAAUUACAGACCCAUGCAGAACAAUAAACCAAUGGCAGAAAAUAGCAUUAGGGACUAUAAAUUUAAUCAGCAAAGUAGAAACUAUUCGGCAACAGUAAAGAAUAAAACCACAACUCAUCCAAACGAGCAGAAACCCUUCGACCGGCAAGUCAGUGAAAAACAAAAAUAUAACCAAAACAGUACAAGUGAUGUGAAAAAUGAAAAAACGAAAACUCCUACUCUUCAACCAAAGCAACCCAACCAGUGGAUCUCUGUGUCAAGUAGGAAGAAACGCAAGAACAAAAAUCCAGAUGAAUCCGAAGUUUCGUUUGAAGAAAAUGACGAUCAUUCAGAAAGAGACUUGUUCGAAAAAUACGAUGUUAACCAGCUCGUAGAUGUUGUACCACCAACGCAAGAAGAAGAAGAGAUCAUAAAAGUUCAAACAAAAGAAGAAAUUGAAAUUGGAGAUAUUAUAAACACCAUAACUCAAAAUGAAGCGAGUCUUAUAAAUAACAUGGAAAAUAUCUCAUUAAACCUUAUGAUAAGAUCAGUGGACGACAUAGAAAAGGAACUAAUUGUGAAAGAUCCUGUUGAAACUGAAACUUUAACACCUGAAGCAGACAUUAUAUUAAAUGAAGAAGAAAUAACUGAAGAAAAGUUAAAGAUUGAAUCGGUUGCAGUAUCUAAAGUAAAUUCUGCAGAACAAGAGGAAGUUGUUAAAGCUAAGAACAAUAAAAAAUCAAAGAAAGGGACACAGAAACCAACAACAAAAAGAGUCAUUAUAACAGAUGUUGAUUUGUCUAUGCAAUGUGAAGAAGUAAAGACACCUUCUUUGAAGAAAAUAGUUACCAAAGUGACCGAACAAUCUAAUGAAUCGGUAAAGGUUGUACCAACUGAAGAGAAAAUUGAGAAACAAAUAGAAGAGGAACCUCUGAAGAAAGACGAAGAAGAGGAAAAGAAAAAAGGCAAAAAGAAGAAGAAGAAGCCUAGUAAAACUACAAUAGCAAGUAGUUUAUCCAGUUCCAACACUACGAUAAACAAUAUGGACGAUUCAUAUGAUUUCUUGUUGGAUUCGGCACUGUCGCCUGAAUCAGUGGAAAAGACCAACGUGGAAAUAUCUCAGGAAUUAGACAAAAUCAUCCAGAAAGGAAUGUACAGUAGUCUGGAGGAGAAAGUAAAAUCCUUGAACAUCGACGACAGCGAUGGCUUCUUCAAGUCCGUGUUCAGCAACUUAUCCAACAUCAACCCGAGUGUUGAUAAGAACGGCUUCAACAAAACACUGGACCUUACUAAAGCUCUACAAGACUCGAGAUCGCUGUUCAGGCCCAGUUCGGUAAGUGAAGAAACUAAUUCUCACAAUAGGGAUUUUAAUAAACUAUUACCUGAUUUAGACUCACCGGAUGAAGAUGGAAUUUUUUUAGAAAAUACCAAGCUGACCGAUACUCUUCAAGGCCAGAUCGCGACAAAUGACAAGCAAACUGAAGAAACACCGAACGAAGACACAAACGGACACUACGAACCUGGCGGUGAAAUUAAAAAUGAAGCUGAAGUUGAACUGAAAAUAUUAUAUCCAAUCACAGAAGCCGUUAAGGAGUGGAUGAGCAGGACUCGCGAAACAACGCCCGACGUUGAGAUCCUGAAAAGCCCUGAUGCCAUUUACAAGGAAUUUUGUGACAGCGCGAGUGAAACGGACACUGUAGUGAGUGACUCGACCGCUGUUGGUGAUGAAGAAAUCACAAUUUUUACAAAAGACAGUGAAUUAAAUUCAGAAGAAGCAAGUAUACAGCAACAAGACUUGAUGGAAUACUGGGAAAACGAUUUUGGGGUUAGCGAAUUGAAAAAUCAAACUGGUGGCGAAAAUGGCCCCAUGUUGACGGAUCAGAACAAUCACAUUGAACAGGGGGAAGAUGUAUUAGAAGUGUAUGACAGUAAAUAUGGAAAUAAUGAGGAUUAUUUAAAUCUGCAGAGAGAAAUAAAGGAAAAAGUAAAUAAUUCAAAUAACGCAAAGCACGGAAAUUUGCCUUAUAGAGCAAUUUGUUGCAGUAUCAUGUGAAAAUGCCUAUAAUAAUACCUCUUACCCUUUACUAAAAAUUGUACAACUGUUUUCACAUUUAGGUAUUUCCGACGUCACCUACCGAACGAAAAAGAUUUUCAAUUUUAAAACCUCUUAAAAAAAUUUAAAACAGUAUUAAUACUUUUGAGAACCUACAAACAUCUCCAAAAAAAAACUUUAUAAGAAACAUCGCGCACGUUUAAAGAAAAAUUCCCAUGUUUUUUUUAUUAUUGCUAAGGUACUGCUACGAUGUAAUAAUAAAUAUUUGAAUCAUAAUGUCCUCUUGCCAACUUAAUUUGCCUUGUACUUAAAUGUCAAACCAAUUUCCCGACCUCGAUGCCAAAUUAAAAAAUUGGUGCACUCGCAUAAGAUGACUUUAUGAUAAUCUUCCACAUAAAGUAACUGACCUGCGCUUUGGUCAUUUUAAAGAUCUGUAUAUUACUAUAAUUAUGUUAACGCCUAUCGGUAAAUCGAAGACAGAUAUAAUUAUAUUUUUGUGCAAGCAAAAAUCUGUUAAUUAAUAUCUAGAUAUUUUUUUUUACUUGACAUAAACGGCAUUGUUGUUGCAUAAUGCGGUUCCCGAUUCGAAGAGCUCAAAUUGUUAUUACUGUUGAUGAUAGACGAAUAAAAGUGUAGUCAUUUUACUCGCAUAGUACUGAAUAAUGGGUAUUUGGAAAGGGCUGAUUCCUACAAGUACGCAUAGUAAUCAAAAAAUGAUGAUAAUUUUGCCGUUUUUAUCAGUUUCCAAAUUUCUAAAUUGUCCACAAAACUAUCGUGCUUUUUUGAUACAUUCAGUACAUAUAUGCGAAUAUCUAUGUCAAGUAAAAAUGCACAUAUGUAAACUUUAAGACGUAACUGUUUUUUUUUCGUUUUUUUUAUUGUUAAAUGUUCGUUAAUAUUGUUAAAAUAGUGUAUAAGGCUUGGUGGAAAACACUUUUUAAUUAUGUAGUGUCCCACCUCAAUUAUUAAGUACCUUAAUCGAAUUUUUAUUUUAAUUCACCAUUUCAUAGAUUGUACUAAAAUUUAGAUGCCAUGUUGCUCAUUUCAUAUUUUCCUUGUUUUAAUUUCUUUCUAGGCUUAGAUUUAGGCAUUUUAUGAGUGUGUGUGGAAUUUUUUACCUACCCCCCAAUUAGGAAAUAUAUCAAAUUGGCUGAAAAGAAAUUCCGCCAAAUUAGCGAUAAUCGACAAUAUAUCAUUUGGGGGAAAAUCAUUUGUAAUUAUCAUUAAUCAUAUAAAAGACAAGUGGUAUGCGUGUAUUAUCUAUCUAGAUAUCCAUUUUUGUUGAAAAAUUGUAUUUGUAUGUACACAUUUUGGUAAUUUACAUGUUUUCAUAGUUUUGUUGUUAAAUUGUUAUUUUUGAGAUUUGUGCCUUCGCGACAUUUGUAAAAUAAAGAAAAAAUCUUAAA